UCAGCGACGGGGGGAAUCAAAAGAGAAGGAGGGGGCUCUUAAAGCAGUCUGAAAUCCCUGAAAUCACUGACACUCUGAUGUACCCCAUGGCAGCACUCCGGCUCGCUUCUUGGCCAUUUUGCAGGAUGGUGGGAUUUUGAAAGGAAAAAAACACGCUUCUGUGAAGUGAACGCAGCGAAUUCAUAUAUUAAGAAUCACAGCAAAACACCUGAUGCCGGAUUGUCUCUUGAAGCGUGUUUUCUAGACGAAAACCUGUGAAGAAAAACGUCGUCGACGUAAAACGAGGUCCGGUAUUAACAAAAAAAUUGGACUGCUAUAUUUGCAGCUCACGGUAUGACCAAAUAAACCAACACAAAGUAGCCUAAUAAAAACAGCGCACUAAAAAAACAAAAAACUGCAUAUAGUCCCCACUGCAGAAAACUAAAAAAGGAAGGAAAAAGGACAUGUAAUCUUUAAAAAAUAAAGAGAAGGGAAGGCGAAAGCGAGAGGAGAAACUGGACGAAGGAGCGCAGAUGUGCCCACGAGCGUCACCUUGUAUUGAAUGUCAGCGGUAUAGAAACAAUAUUAUACUAAACCGUAACUAAAAGCCAGGUUAUUGGAUUUAUGUGACGGGAGAGUAUAUGUCUCGUGUUUUCCCAGUUUCGACCAAUGGAUACUUUAUACAUUUUAUUUUUUAUGUGUUUUCCUUGGAUAUAACAUUUUCCCGAUUGUUUUAAUUUCCCACGUUCUGUCGUGGCUACAGGCUGGUGAUCAUUUUAAAGCGGCUAUUCAUUCACUUAUUUUGUCAGUCCGUGAUAUUUUUCUGUUGAUUUUAAAAACGUUUCCCUAUUAUUAUUAUUAUUAUUAUUAUUAUUAUUAUUAUUAUUAUUAUUGCUACUGUUGUUGUUGUUGUGUAAUUGCUGCCGGUGCUGUUGUCUUUUAGGGAGACGCAUUUGUUUCCCCAUCAUCACCUUUCAGUUUUAUAGCCGUCGCUCAUCUCUCCCAUCCCUUUCCUUACCCCUCCCCAUCCCCAAGCAUGUGUCGUUCAGGCGCUUCAGCGUUGCCUCUUGUCGGGUUAGCGUUGUAAUGCCGGGAACAUAUCCGAGACAUGCCUAAAGGGCGCAAUGGGCCAGGGCGACGACAACGAUCGCAUUGUGAUAAACGUGGGAGGCAUCCGACACCAGACGUACCGCAGCACCCUGCGCACGCUGCCCGGCACCCGGCUCGCCUGGCUCGCCGAACCCGAUGCCCACAGCCACUUCGACUACGAUCCCAAGGUGGACGAGUUCUUCUUCGAUCGGCAUCCUGGCGUUUUUGCGCACAUCCUUAACUACUACCGGACCGGCAAGCUGCACUGUCCGGCUGAUGUGUGCGGGCCCCUGUACGAGGAAGAGUUGGCGUUUUGGGGCAUCGACGAGACGGACGUGGAGCCAUGCUGCUGGAUGACUUAUCGGCAACACCGAGACGCCGAGGAAGCCCUGGACAGCUUCGGUGGAGGAGCGCCCGACAUGGGCAACGAAGAGGCGGAUGGAGACGGCAUGGCCGAUUCGGCUGACGGCGACGACGAGCUAGAGAUGACUAGGAGACUGGCGCUUGGGGACUCUCCCGAUGCCAAAUCUGGACUGUGGCGGCGAUGGCAGCCCCGGGUUUGGGCACUCUUUGAGGAUCCGUAUUCUUCUAAAUAUGCAAGGUGGGUGGCGUUUGCGUCGCUGUUCUUCAUCCUGGUGUCCAUCACCACGUUCUGCCUGGAGACGCACGAGGCCUUCAACCCCAUCACCAAUCGCACGGAAUGGGUGAAGGUGGACAACAUCACGACGGAGCACGUGUACCAGGAGACCGAGACUGUGGUCUACCUCACCUACAUCGAGGGCGUGUGCGUAGUGUGGUUCACAUUCGAGUUCCUCAUCCGCAUCACCUUCUGUCCAGACAAGCUGGAGUUUGUCCGGAACAGCCUCAAUAUUAUCGACUUUGUGGCGAUUCUGCCUUUCUACCUAGAGGUGGGGCUGAGUGGUCUGUCUUCCAAAGCAGCCAAGGAUGUAUUGGGCUUCCUGAGGGUGGUCCGCUUCGUGCGGAUCCUGCGAAUCUUCAAGCUGACCCGCCAUUUCGUGGGUCUUCGGGUCCUGGGCCACACGCUGCGGGCCAGUACCAACGAGUUCCUGCUGCUCAUCAUCUUCCUGGCUCUAGGAGUGCUGAUCUUUGCCACCAUGAUCUACUACGCUGAGCGCAUUGGUGCCAAGCCCAACGACCCGAGGGCCAGUGAACAUACGCACUUCAAGAACAUUCCAAUUGGGUUUUGGUGGGCCGUGGUGACCAUGACCACCCUGGGGUAUGGUGAUAUGUACCCCCAGACGUGGUCUGGCAUGCUGGUGGGGGCCCUGUGUGCCCUGGCUGGGGUGUUGACCAUCGCCAUGCCUGUUCCCGUCAUCGUCAACAACUUCGGAAUGUACUACUCCUUGGCAAUGGCUAAGCAGAAGUUACCAAAGAAAAAGAACAAGCAUAUUCCCAGACCGCCGCAGCUCGGCUCGCCUAACUUCUGUAAGUCAGGUGUAAAUUCACCCCAUCACAGCACUCAGAGUGACACCUGUCCCCUGGCACAAGAAGAGAUUAUAGAAAGGAACAGAGCAGAUCCAAAAUUGAAUGGGGAAGCAGCUAAGGCGGCGCUGGCAAAUGAAGACUGUCCUCAUAUAGACCAGGCCAUAUCCCCCGAGGAUGGCCAGGUCUUUAGCCCGGGUGAGAGGAAUGAGCCACCCUGUUUCUUGGUGUCCACGACCGAACGGCCCAGCCACACAGGAGGAAGAGUAAGGAAGGAUCCCUGUAAGGAGGAGACCCUCCUCAUUACAUACAGGCAAGCUGAGGCUCUCACAGUAACCUGACCGGGGCCCCCUGUUGUCUAGAAUCCGCUGCGCGGGUCUCAUGAUUCCACUAUGACGUGGGGACACUAGCGGACUCUGAGCGGGCAGAGGGACCGAGGAGCAUGGGAGCGAAUCACGUGACGCACCACGCACCUCUCACUGAAAGACACGCCAUCGAUACGUUUCUUUUUUUCUCCAACGAGGGAAGAUGAAGAACUGAGGAGCACAGUGAUUUUCAGAUGCGGACUAAUACAGAAAGAGGAUGGUAACAUACUUUUCCUGAAGAGGAUGGCAGAGAAAAAAAUGGCGAAAAAAAUUCAUACAAGUAAAAUAAGCAAAAGGUCAAUAGCAACUGCUAACAAAAUCAACAAUAAUACCUAUAUUAUAAUAGGAUAAAUAAGACUACAGAACUCUUGAUUGUUUAGCAUGAGCUGCAUGGUAAAUAAUAUAAAAGACAAGAACUGUAAUUGUAAUGUAUAUGUAAGAAAAUAUAUUUUCCUUUCGAAUUCCUUAUCCUUUAAGAUCUUACUUUUACAGACAUUUAAUGUAGCCAGAACACAUGAAGGUACAGUGUACAGCUUUACUUUGACAGCCAACUUUUCAGGCGAAUCGUCUUUUCAUUAGGCGAAGUUAUUUCGACGAGGCAGCUCUGAUCACGCUGACACGACCUUUCGCUCCUUCUCCACGGAAUGCGCGGAUGACAAAAAAAGGAGGGAAGACCGUUUGUCGCGUGGUGUUCGAAACACAGGUCGACUUACACUACAGUGCAUGCGUGUUACCCAAAAGGCAGCAUGACACACCAGCUGGGCAACACGGCGAAUCCCGUUUGCGUUCUUUCCUUGUCAGUGUUUGUAAUUAUUUAUGUGUAGAUCCCAGAGGAACUCUUCACUUUAAUGAGACCCUGUUCAUAUCACACGUCCAAUAUGUACUUUUAACAGUAUUAUUUUUAGAAGAAGACAGGAAACAAAAUAUAUAUAUAUAUAUAUAUAUAUAUAUAUAUAUUUAAAAAAAAUGUCAGGGGGAGAACGAAAGCGUUUUUACCGUUCUUUCUGGCUUCAGACAAGUGAAAAAUAUAUAAAAGCCGAAAAAAAACGCAAGAGCAUUGUAUGCAAUUUAAUACUAUGAGCAAAGCGAAUGCAUGCACUGUUAUGCAAAAUUAGUAAAUAAAUAACAGAAGUUCUAUAAAAAAAAGUUACGCAUGAAAUAAAUUUUGUAUCAAACCUGCAUUGUGUCUUUUUUCAUGGGAUGUGCAAAGACAUUUUUCCCUUUCUUCCCUUUGGUGGAAAUGGCUCCUCUUUGACUGCGUGGCCGUGCGCUAACUGGGGUCAAAGAGCAGCUGAUUGAAAGGAAUGAAAAAGAGAAAAGGCACUGGAGGCCCAGGGGGCUGUGACUGGCAGAGCGACAGCAUGGUGAUGAUGCAGCAUGGCGAUGACCUCACCCCAUCUGCCUCUUACAGAGCAUGGUCGCCCAUCAGGCUAACCCAACCACAUGCGUAGGUAGAGAAUGCGGACUCACACAUGCAUGGGAGCAGACGGCGCUAACCAGGCCACAUGUGUACGUAGAGAGUGCGAUCUCACGCAUGCAUGGGAGCGGACGACGCUGACCUGACAACAUGCAUCAGGUAGAGAACGCAACCUCACACAUGGAAGAUUCCCUCCACAUCGGGUACACAUGCACGGGCAGGGAAUUGCCACCUCACACGAGCAUGGGAGAGGCUACUAAAACGUCAGGUGUAGGAAUUACAGCCUCAUGUGCAGACGACUGCCACCUGACACCAUGCGCAGGCAGCGAAUGUGAUUCCGCACAUGCAUCGCAGCAGAUGAUGAUGCAAGCCUGACCCCAUGCAUAGGCAGAAAAUGCGAUGUCGCACAUGCAUGGGGGCUGAUGAGCCUUACUAACCUGAGCCCAUGCGUAGGUAGAAAAAUGCAGCAUGCAUGGGAGUACAUGGUAAACCACAUACUUACCAUGGGAGAGCAGAGCACUUUUUUGUAUUCUAGAGAUUUGUGUCACUUUGCGUAACCCCCCCCCCCCCGCCCGCCCCCUGCCUUGCAGUUCCGAACGGCAUCCAUCAUUCUCAUCACUCCUCUUCCCUCCUGGUUGGAUUAUAACACUGUUGUUUGUUGUUGUUGUUUUCUUCUUCGUGUGUCUUUAGAGAAACAACGACUGGGCCGCCGCAGACCUCCCUCAGAGUCAGUGUGUGUAAUGAACCAUGGUGUCCCAACCACUAUAUGUAUGACCAAUGCCAACCCACCCCCCACCUGAUUACGGUGUAGUGUGUUUGUGUGUGUAGAUGAGCGUUGCCAUGACGACGUGGACUGGCGAGCAGCGAGCUCGGUGUAGAUGUUCCAUCGAUAAAUUUUUGUUUUUUCCCGCCUCAUUUUGCUUUAUGCUCUGUACUUGUGCCUUGUUAUAGUGGUAGUAAUGUGCCUGUUUGUGCAUAUAUGUGUGUGUCACUGCUAUACAUAUGCUUCCUUUCUGCCUCCGCUGGCUGAAGCCCCGUGAGAGGAGUAGACGCGGAUUUUACGCUGAUGUUGCCGCAUUCCCCGACGAUAACAAUCACUUUCACCAUGAGUAACUGUGGAAACCGAACAUGACAUAGUGCUGUGCGUUCUCUUGUACUGUGAUUGACACAUCAUAGUUGCCUUUUGCUAUGUUUGCACCAGUGAACCCUGAAAUACAGUAAAAUGAAGGGCAUGAGGUUUUUAGGGUGUGAGGCUAUUUUGACGUACCAGGAGCUACCCACGGCAUUUACAAACAAACGUGUCUUAUUUUUAGAGAUUGUAGCGAUAAUCUAAACAGAUAGGGACCAAGAAUAUUGCCUGUAGCUAAAUGAAAAUAGGUGGAAAAUAUAUUAGGAAGCUGUUACAGAACCCUUAAGGAAGAUAUCCAGACCUAUAUAUAACUGACAAACCUUUAACUGCAUUGAGAAAUGACCAAAUUAAAAGUAGGGCUAAUUUACUCAUUUUAGCAACAUCGCCUCAUAAUGAUGUUACUGCAGCCUGCGUAACAUGAGUCAAUCUAAGGUCUGCAUUUCAUGAUGUAGCUAUCUUUUUAAGACACAGGGGUAAAAUUGCAUAGAAAAUAUAAUUAACUUGUUUACAGUAUUAAUGUGUAACCACAUAUGUUCGCACAAAUUCGAGUAGGACAUAAGCAGCGAAGGACACUCCUUACACUGUUUGCUGGAGAUUUUGCAGAAUGGCUAAUGCAAUGUAUAGUUUGUCUUUUAGACUUCAUUAUUUCUUCCUUUCAUAUGUAGUUUUAAGAUGUAUUAGAUUUAAAUGCUGUUCUUUAUUUUUCUAGAAAAAUAAUUUCACAGUGCCACAUUCCACAAUAGUCUCUAAGAGGGUGUAGCCUUCCUCAAUUAAAAGGGGUGGUGUCUCAGUCUUGGGAUGGUACGGCUUGCCUCUCUUAGUGAUUGCAGCCUCCUGCUAUUGGAAGGUGUGGCCUUCCCCUUUAAAUGGGUGUGGCCUGGUUAUCUGCAGAAGCAAGAUCACUGCCUAUCUGUCUUUGUGCUCCUCAACAUCCUCUGUUCAGUUGAUGUUUUUAUCUUGCCUGAAUCUAGCUUGGUUGAAUUAGGUACUAUAUUGAGUAGUGAUGUACUGUUGUUCGGUAAAUUUUGUCUCACAUGUUUGAGUUCAGCAUUUUAAAUGCUGCGUAACUGUAUUCAGUGAAGUAGAGUAAGACAUGCUUGGGAUAAAAGCAUGAGUGAAUAAAACAAGUGGUGCAAUAUAUUUAGGUUAAUAGCAGUUAAAAGUUUUCUUGCCGCGCACAUAAAUUUACACUCGACACCAACAGCCUGUCACUGCCAUGAUACAGCAAUGGACAUCUAAGCAAAUGCGUGUGGUUACUUACUUUUGACUUUGUAUAGGGGUACUUAAUAGAAGUCUGCAGUGUCUGAUAAUACACUGCAAUCUUCCCAGGGAGAAAUGAGAUCAACAUGAUGCACUGGGGUCUAAUUCAAAGCAUAGCUCCCAUUGGUAGGGGAUUUGAUUUCAUCACAGGUUACUCUCACUGUUCUUGGAUAGUUUGCCUGACACAGCAGAGAUAUUGGGUGAUUGGAGCUCAGGACUGGUACCUAACAGUGAAAAAAUGCCAAGUUUAUGAAAGGUCAUUUGACAGAAUGCUGGACUGUUCUUGUAAAUUUUCAAAAAGCCAAUUCAGUAACCAAUACUUUCCUCAUUGAUCCUGGACCAUGAUCUAAACAAAGCUACUGUAGAAACACUGCCACUCUGACGACAGUCAGAUGUCUCCACUUCCCCAGCUAAUCCCAACACACACGUGACCAAAGGCAGGGAACGUGGAUCAGAGCACAAACACAUCGCGGAAUCCACCCGGGUUUUAAUUGCCGGUCGAGUAGGGUGCCAUCCACGAAGCCAUGGAUCAUCUGCUAGCUAAUAAAACUAUGGCAAGAGGAGGAGCAUGAUUAUGUUUGUUCAGUGGAGUGUGCACAAAUCCAGGUGCUUCUAUAUCCGUGGUUUGUAUUGAUUUCCUUGGCCCACGAUGCAUUUUUCUGUCAUUUCCUCUAUGAUUCCAAUAAUGGCUUAAAUAUGAAUAAAUGCAAAAAUGUAUAAAAUCCAAA